AUGUCGACAAAGUCCUCGCUGCGCAGUUCCCGCUCGCAUGCCUCGUCGGUGGGUGAGAACUACACGUCGACGCAAAGCUGCGUCUCCAGCCGCCACCGCCGACAGCAGCAAAAGGGGGAGCCGCCGCUGCCGCCGGCAAUGAUGACGCCAUUGGAACGCCUCCAGCUCAUCCGUAAUGCCCUGACGCGCCUGCAAUACAUCGGGGAGCGCCAGCUGCACAGCGCCACGCUUGACACCGCCGCUAGUGAGAAGGUACUUGGCUUCUUUGACAGGCUACGCGAGCGACUGCCGAAGCUUGAGUAUAACCCGCGGAAGCUCGGGACUCCAGACGGAGGUGGUCCCAAGCAGCUUCACUACGUGCGCGAGCAGGUGCUCCGCCUGCGUGACACAGCGACGGCGGUGCUUAGCAGCUGCGAGGCCGCAACGGGAAAGUGUGAUGCCGUGUAUGAGGCAUUGUCGUAUCACCACCUGCGGGAGGUCUUGCGGGAGCUGGAGGAGUUGCAGUCUCUCCUGAGCCAUGCGCCGUCCGAGCUGCCAAGCCGCGUCAACACGGAGCUCUUGGCGGACCUGGUGUCGUUUCACAUCACCGAUUUUGACGCCUUUGCGGAGCAGCGGGUGGAGGCCUUUGUGGGCGAAGCAAAGAAUGAGGGGGCACUUUUCACGGCUGUCGUGAAUGAGAUGACGCAGCGGGCGCCUGCACCGCUUGGGCUUGUUUCCGUCUUUAUUUUGGACGUGGCCAUCGGCGUGCGACCGGGCCGCUGUGCCCGCAUUGUCAUUGACCACGCGCAGCACAACCUCACGAGGCUCGACAACCGUCUGCACACCGCCGACGCCGUCCUCGCCGCGAUGACCCCGGAGAGCGACGUGCCGGUGGAGGUGCAGCGCAGGGAGCUGACUAUUUUAAAGGACCGGGUGAGGGCGGCCCUGGCGGAGCUGCUUCGUCUAAAGAAGAAGUGGGAGGAGGAGGAGCAGAGCACGCUGGAGCGGGCUGCCUCGGGACAGCACGUGCUCUCAUCUCUGGUGGAGGUGAAGCGGCUGAAGGAGGCAGAAAUCAUCGAGGAGGCGCAGCAAGUGCAUGACCGGGCGGUGCACUCCUGCCUUGCCUUCAACACGCCGCAGUACUCUCGCCGCUACAGCGAAACCUACGCCCAGCCGUGUCACGUGCGGCUUGGUUUCAAGUUUCUGCAGGGAGAGCACGGGGCGUCGCCGGCAAAGUCGGUGACCCUCUACACGUUGAUGCCGGAGUUCCUCUCAUUAAUGCGGCAGCAAAACAUUCCCAAGUCAGAGCACGAGCGUUACGCGGCGUUGGUGCCGAGCAAAGAGCAGGUGUGGGUCUCCUUCUCUGAAUUUCCCGAGAUGGUGCGGGGUGCCCGCUGCAGCCUGCGCGGCGUCGACACCCGACAUGACCACUUCCGCGCGCUUGAGGAGCAGAAGGAGGUGGGAGGAUAUUUUGUGAUGCGCGGCGGGGAGCGCAUUGUGCGUGCCCUGCUGAUGCAGAGGUGCAAUGUCCCGCUCAACAUUUACCGCGAAAGAUUCUCGUCGCAAGGCCCAUUCUUUUCCCCAAAGGCGGUGGUCAUUCGUUGCAAGCGGCCCAGUGGUUUGACGAUUCAGAACUAUUUUUACUACACCACCACCGGUGAGGUCGUUUUCAGUUUUGCGCGUAAAGUGGUUUGGCAUAUUCCUGUCCCGCUCCUGCUGUUUGCGUUGAACACCCGCCACUGUUCCUCGCUGGAGAUGUACAAGCUGCUCACGAUUGGCUUCACCAGCAGCAGCAGCGCCCACGUGGCCCGCGUCGAGGCACUUCUGCAGCAUCACCACCAAAAACCAUACGGGUCGCUGGUGCAUUUCUUGGACUACAUCGCAGUACUGGGCCGAAUGUACCGGUGCUACCACGAAACAUCCAACACCUUUCACUUUCUGCCACAGUUUCAUGCGACGUAUCAGGGCCAGCAUGACGCCUGGUACGGGCUGUUUAUGCUUCGCCGCCACGUCUUGCCGCACCUGAACGUCGAUGAGCCAACGCCGGAUUUGCCGCCCACUGCCUCUCUGGAGGCGGCCACCAGCUGGCUCUCCCCGAAGCUCCUUCAGGAGUUGGAUGCCAAACUGGAUGCCAUGAUUGCCAUUGUGCGACAGCUGUACGCCUUUUUUGACGGCAACACGGAGCAUCAGGGCAACGACGUCCCCGCCUACCAGGAGAUAUUUACCGUCUCACAAGUUCUCAUGGGCGGUUUCGAGGUUUGCCUCAACAAGUACAUGAAAAGUUUUGUGUAUCGCAUGGGAAGCCACAUUCCCGCCCAUCUUUUUAAAUCCAUUAUGCAACUGGACGAGCUGUCGGGGAAGGAGUUGGGUGGGGUUACUAAUCAGCUGCGACAGUAUACAGAGUACAGUGAGCGACGCAGCAUAAGUGAACCGCUAGACGCGUUGCACCGCCUACUGAUCACCGGGAACCUGACGCUAGACCGUGAGGAGGAUUUUUACUGUCCUCAAACAUCCGGGUGGGUUGUGAUGGCAGAGCAUCUGAACUUUUACCGCUUUUUUGAGCAGCUGCGGUGCUUACAUCGAGGCAAAACAAUUGCGGACAUGCGUUCCAGCGAGGUGCGCAAAUACCCCUGCGAGGCAUUUGGGUUUAUCUGCAUGGUCCAUAGCCCGGAUGGGGCGGACUGUGGUGUAUUGAACCAUAUGAGCAUCAGCACAAUUGUGUCCAACACACCCCCCGCAGGGUCUCGACAGGAAGGGGAGCUGUUGGCGUGCAUCAAAGGGGAAAUUCCAAGCCUUCGCAACGGCGGCUCGUUGGAUUCUCUUGUAGAUCGCCUAGUGGGCACAGUUCCUGUCUGGUUGGAGGGAAAAAUGCUGGGGUACCUAACACCAGAGGAGGCACAGCGGGUGAGCAAGGCGCUGCUUCGAAAGAAGGCGUUGAGAAAUCGUGAUAGCAUGGAACUGAGCGGUAUUGUGCGCCGUCGAAACGUGAGCGCCUUCAACGCAAUCGAGGUUGUUUUUGUCCCACCAGGCAAUAAGGAUCCACAGGGGUUGUACAUAUUUUAUGACAAUGGCCGUAUGAUGCGUCCUGUGCAGCAGCUCGAGUCUGCCUCCGGCGGCAGCGAUUUGCCCUUUCCCUUGGUGUACGUCGGGACCUGGGAGCAGACGUGGCUCGACAUCGCCAGUGUCCCCUCGGACCUCCUCGACGGGGUCACGCAGCUGAACCGCAAGUAUGAGUUUAUGGAGCAGAACGGGAGUAACAUUCUCAGCCUAACCUCGACAACGAUUCCUUUUUUUGAAUACAACUGUUCGCCGCGAAACCUGUUCCAGUGUGGCUUGUCCAAGCAGUCUGCCGGAACUCAGCUGCAGUCACUAGCGUGGCGCAAGGAGGCAAAGCUGUUUCGCAUGUACGCUCCACAACGCUACAUUAGCCGAACUCUACCGAUGGAUUAUUACGGCCUAGACGAUGUGAAUUUGGGCGUGAAUGCCGUAAUUGCCAUUUUGGCCUAUACCGGCUAUGACUUGGACGACGCCGUCAUUUUAAACAGCACCGCCUCCCAGUUUGGCAUGCUCAACGCCGGCAUUACGGUGGCUAAAGUGAUCACCGCCGGCGGCAAAGGGGAUAAGGAUGACGUCUUUGUCUUUCAGAACCUCUUGUCGAACGGGCAGCCCUUCACGCCUGAGCUGGACGCUCAUGGGCUGCCGAGAAGACGCGCGGCACCUGGUACGACGGAAUGGCUUUCCUUUGAUUCGGACCACAAGUACCCCAGCCUGCGCGACAGUAGUGCGGUGUAUUGCUGCGCCAAACGCUACGAACGCGUGGACCCCCUCAUGAAUAAGAAGGUGUACGAGUACGCCCGCCACCACGUUACAAAGUGGAGGCAGUUUGACAAAGGGGAAAACGCCUGGGUUCACAGUGUGAUUCCUCUCACCUACGAUGGACCCGACCCAACCAGCGCACUUGUCGUGUUUCGUAUUCCUCGCCCACCCGCCAUUGGCGACAAAUUCUCCUCUCGCCACGGACAGAAGGGGACGCUUCCACUGCACAUUCGAGCCCACGAUUUGCCGUUUAGUACGCGUGACGGUAUCACGCCAGAUAUCAUAAUUAACCCACAUGCCUUUCCCUCGCGCAUGACGGUGGGGAUGGUGCUGGAGAUGAUGGGGGCGAAGCUGGGCGCGAUCGAGGGCCGCUUUUGCGACCACAGCGCAUGGAGCGUGGUGGACGAGCGGCCACGCUUCGCCGAGGUUAUUGGGGAUUCCUUGCAAAAGGCCGGCUACAACCGCUACGGACGGGAGAAGCUCAUUGAUGGCAUUAGCGGGGAGGAGAUGGAGGCGGACGUGUUCAUGGGCAUCUCCGGGUACCAGCGGCUGCGGCACAUGGUGAACGACAAGUGGCAGGCGCGCGCCCGCACCGACUCCCACACGCACCGCGCCGUCACAAAGACGGGGCAGCCGGUCAAGGGGCGCAAGCGGCACGGCGGGGUGCGGGUGGGCGAGAUGGAGCGCGACGGCUUGCUCUCGCACGGCAGUGCCGAGGUGGUGGUGGACCGUCUCCUGCACGUCUCCGACAAGACAAAGGCCUUGAUAUGCGUGGAGUGCGGCUCCCUCCUCUCCAUAUACGAGCGACACGCGACGGAGUACUCCACGUGGAAGACGUGCAAGUUUUGCGGUGCCGGAUCGCAGGAGGCGACGGACACGAUUGCGUUUGUGGAGAUUCCGCAGGUGCUGCGCCUGUGGGCCGCGGAGCUCGCCAGCAUCGGCAUCCGCGUCGUGCUGAAGACGAGCGACGGGGUCGCGUGA